AAGCUCGUGUUUAUAAAAGAUUUAGCUCCAAAUUUUCCAGUGUCUGUCUAUCUCUUUUGAUUCGCUCCGUCUGUCGAAACUAAAUCCCGUUCUGAUACAAUGAGAAAUCGAGCGAGUGACAGAGAUCAAAACCCUAAGCAUUCAACAGACAGAUUUGAUACAGUCUCGAUGGGAAGCGCCGAUGAUCGGACCUGCAAUGGUGGGGAAGAAAUUGUCAAGUUGAAAGAGAGCUUGAAGCUCCUGGACAUUGGCGAAAUUAUUGGGAAGGCUAAGAUGCAUGCAGCUGAAGCAUAUUCUCAUGCUAAGGAAGCAUAUAGUCUGAGAGAUGAAUUUUUCAAGCUGAUCGAGCAACAUGCAUAUGCUGACCUUGAUUCUGGAACUAAAGAGAGAUUGUCUUUGGCUGCUGCUUCCUUGAAUGCUGCUCUUGGUGUGGCAGAUGCUGCAGCUACUGCCGCCAACAUUGCUGCUAGUGAUGCAGACUCUGAUCAGGGUAAACCAACGUUAUCUACAAAGCUUGAUUCACGUGAAAGAAGCGCGCAUAGAGAGGCUGUAGCUCGAGACAAGAAAGUUUUGUCACGUGAAGAAGAAGAAAUAAAGCUGGAGCAACAAGGCUGUGAGAAAAUGGCGCAUCUAGAGGCUGUGAGAGAGGGCUUAGCUCUUGAGGAGGUGGCAGAUGCCGCCAACAUUGCCGCUAGUGCUACCGACCCUGCUCAGGAUAACCCAGCUUUACUAGCUGCAUCUACAAAGCUCGAUUAUGGUGAAAGAUUGGCUCGGAGAGCGGUUGUCAGAGAGGGGCUAGCUCGAGGCAAAAUAGAUUUCUUACGUGAAGAAGCAAGGACAAGGCUGGAGGAAGAAGGGAAAGCAGAAGAAGAUGCUGCUUCAGUCGAUGCCGCCAAUGUUGCUGCUAGUGCAUCAGACUCUGAUCAGGGUAUCCCAUCUUUAUUAGCAGCACAAACUGCAUCUUUUUUUUCGUCACUGACACAAACUGUAUCUACAAGCCUCGAUGCUGGGGAAAAAAGGCCUCGGAGAGAGGCUGUGAGAGAGGGGCUACCUCGAGGCAAGCAAGAUUUGUCACGUGAAGAAGAAAGGAUAAGGCUGGAGGCACAAGUGAAAGCAAAAAACGAAUGUAAAAAGAAAAAGCGUGAAGAGGAGAGUAGGAUGAGAGAUGACAAGAGGAAACAAAAGAUGGAUAAAAACACGAAGCCAAAGGACAAGGGCAAGGGCAAGAAGUAAAAAACUAUGAAGACAACAAACGUUUUGCACCUUUAGUUUUGUUCUGUGAUCUUUCUUUUUCUAGUUAUAACUGAAACAAGGUGUUUCCAAAACCAACCCGCUCAGUUAUAUAUUAUAUGUGCCCUUAUGCCCAUACAUUGUGAGUAGUCUCAUUCAAGUGAAUCACUUCAAAAGCUUGUGAUCAAAAGGGUUUGAUCUUUGUGAUGAAUGUUGGUUUGUAGGUAUUUUGGUCAUAUAGAUAUCUCGGUGACAUCAGCUGCACUUGUUGUUUCAGUGACAUUGUUGUUACAUAGAGGAAACCCACGUUUCUCUCAGCUGAGUAGUACUGUCUCUGGUCUGUUUUUGGCUGUCUUCCUUUUUUCGGGUGAAGCUACGUUGCGGUUUUACCACUCCUGUUCUAAACACCGGCAAGCACUCAAUUAUUACUAUUGUUCUGAUAGACUCUAGAUGUAUUCAGAGAUAGAGACUAAGAACUUCUACUUCGUAUUCCAAUGUAAAGAGUUACAACUUUGUAGUAAGAUUCUGGUUCACUCUCAUAACGAGAUCACCAUUCACGUCAGUCUCAUAACGACUGUUAGCUCAAGACUCAUAACGUCUGUGAGUUACAACAUACAAAGCAUAAUCUCUACAAAAGCAAUACCAUCUCUAUUUAUAACAACUCCCUGCGUAACUGCAAAGCCUCCACUCCAACUAGAAGUUUCUGCACUCCUUUUAUUUCAAACUCCUUCCACAUAUCUUCAACUCUCUUCCUCAUCAGACUCCAUCACUUCUUUCCCUCCUCUCUUACGCACAUACACCUUCUUAAACCUAUCAUGUUCUUCUUUCAGUAUAAUCUGUGUCGUAAAGUAUCCAAAGAGAAGUCUUCUGAGCAGUUAAAUAACGUAUAUGAAUUGGAAGAAGAUGGCCAGUUCCCCUCGGUGGUCAAAAGUAUGGACAGUUGGCCUUGUGGCAAUAUUGGUUUCAUUUUGCGGUAUAAUUGAGUCAGAAACAUUUGCUUUCCUCGGUGGCAAGGUAUGUCUCUAAUGAGGCUUAGAUCUAAGCCAUAUAUACAUUGUCUAUGGGAUUAUGGUAGAUAAAACCGUUUAGACUUUUUUGAGUGUUAGUUAUGGUUUUGUGCAUUGAUUAGUAAAGUAGUGAGCUUUCAGGCAUUUGGUAAGAACACAUAAGUCCAAAGAAGAUAUGGGAAGGAGCGGUUGCAUGACUUGUUGGUUGUAUUGCCAUUACCAGUGUCUCUCCAAAUCUACCUCAUGGCCUCAGUCUCUUGUCAGCACCAAUAGCUUUUGGGGUUCUUAACUUCUUUUAAUCGGUCUUCGGUGACUUAACCGAGUCAAUGACCAAACGUAAUGCGGGUGUCAAAGACUCAGGUGGACCGUGGACAUGGUAAUAUUAUGAAACAGACCAGUUAUUGUUCUAGCCAUAAUGUAUUCUUUAACCGACUGCAGGUGGACAGAGAGCCUACUCGUUCGUAAGGGUUCAUGGAGUUUCAUUCUACUGUGACUGGUCACCUUAAAGAAACCCAUUAUUAGAGCUUCAAGAAGGCUUACAUUUCCCUCCACGACAGUGAAAUUCAAGUAAGGAUAUAGUAAAUGAUGGUGAUGUGGCUGUAUAUUCUGGUUGGAGAUGAAGCUUCCGGUUUAUUGUCUGAUUGAAGCUGUAUACAACAUUUUGGUUCAGUGCGGGUACCGGUUCGGUAGAGCGUUUUCUUUUCUAGGAAAUGGAUUAAAGAAAAAAAAAAGACUGAAAUCAUGUGGGGAUGUUAAUGAAUGCGUUGUUCCCAAGCAGACUAUUGUAGAUUUUGUUAUAUAAAUAAAUAAAAAAAAAUCUGAAUUUAAAAGGAAAUCAUAAAAUGAAUAAUCAAUUAUCAAUGAUAAUA